GGAAAAAAUUGAACAGCUUCGCAAUCGAAAGUGUACUCGUGAGCAAAUGUUUGAAGCAUUGAGCGAUAAGUUGACUCUUAAGGACAUAAACGGUUUUCUAACUCAAUCUCAAUUUAGCGCUGUAACCGCAAGUAACAAAGAUAUAUUGCAAGACCUCCAUAUGAAAAUAUUUUCAAAAGAAUGUGAUUGGCAGUUAGCAAUAGACAACUUCGUCACAAAAUGCGGCGCGUGUGCUACUAUAACCGAAGUAGAAACAUUAAACGACAGCAUACAGCAACGUUUUAUGAUAAUGGAUAAGGAUUUAAAUGAGAUGCUUGCGAUUGUUAUGCCACCUAAGACAUAUCCAACAGCUAAAACAGUAAAACGCGACGAGAAAUGCUUAUCAUGCGGAGCGCCGACCGAAGUAGUAAAGGAUGAACUGAAUCUGAAACUUUGGCAAGAAAUUAUGUUUACAGCCCCUGUUCCGGCUGACAAAACCAUUAAAUUUAAAUAUCAAGAAAAGGCAGGAAUUUGCAUACCUGGACGACCGAUCCCACAUCCUCUUGAGCAAGGUUCAUUUAUUUGCAAACACGAUUGCGGUGAAAUUGUUGAAACAGCAGAGGAGUUGUUAGAAUUGUUUAUAAAAAAGCUACACCCAGUUCCUGGCAAUGACAAGACACAAGUCGGAGACCACUAA